AUGUGGCAAUGGAUUCCAAAAUUGGAAGACUCAACAACUGGAUAUUGGGAUACAGGUAGUGGAGGAUUAGGAGGUGAAGAAUAUGAUGAUAUGCGAUGUGUUGGUUUAGGUGUUAGGUUUGAGAGUAGUAUAAUAAAGAUGGAUAUAUCAUCUGAAUUUGAUGAAUAUAAUGUGGAACAGAUUUCAAAGGCAGAUAGGUAUAUGAGAAACUGCUUGAAGAGGGGUUCAUGGGUGAUGAAGCGAAAUUUUCGUAUUCCAUUAGAGGAGGAGCUUAGAAAAAUGGUGACACUAGAAAAUGUGUGUGCUUUUGAAAGCAUGCUAACUGGAAUGUACAGACUGGAACUUCUAGGAAUCAACAUGACUCAUCCAUGUGGUUUCUCCUCUGCAAUGAAUCAACUCCCUACUAAAGCAAUAGCUUUAGCUGCUGCUUCUCACAUCGAGAGAGAAUUACAAAUAACUCCCUGGAAUUUAAGCAGCAACUUUGUUGUCCAAAUCAGGAUAGAGGAAACAUUGAAAUAUUGGAGAUUAAUGGUGUUGGUGAUCCAUCUGGUAGAGGAUUAG